CCUUUGAGCUCGUCCUGUCUUCGCAGACAGCGGCGACGACGAUAAUGGCUGCUGAAAAUGCUAUUCUUGUGGCACUCUUCGCUAUCCGCCUUUCUUUCGUUGUCUUGUUGCUCGCCACAUCUUUGUCUCUUCUCGCUGUUAAGCCUCAGCAAACACCCGGGUCAUCUUCUCCUAUCGUAUCAGUUGUCGUCUCGGUGACUACACCGCGCCGUUCUCUUAUCAUUUCACUGUGCUCACUCGUCGCGUUGACCUAUUUCCUUGACGGUUUUGCAUUGGUGCUUCAUUCAGUAUUGAGUAAAACUUGGCAAGGAACGCCGUCUCAUGGAUCAUGGAUUGCUCAAUGGAGUGGAUUGGAGGUCGAAACAAUAGGUGGAUUGCUAGCAUCGGGCCUACUAGUCAUACUUGGAGUCUGGAAAGAGACGAAAGGUGCUGCAGUAUGGACGAUGAAACGACCGAAGUUCUGGACUGCACUGGCUCUGGUCGGGACAAUUGUUGAGGUCGUGCUGCUUGUCUUAACAGUGGAAUUCCGCAGCAAAUCACGCAUAGGUAUUCCAGAGUCUCCCCGUUAUCAGAUUAAUUUCCCAGCAUUGCUGCACACAUUGUUCCCGGUGUUCCGCCUUCUCGUUCUCAUUCCACUAUACGCGGCGUUGUCUUUCCCGCGUGUGAGGUAUGUUCCAUUAUCCGAAGUUCAUCAGACGAAUGGAGGUGCGGUCAGUGUUACGGAAGAAAAUUCGGCUCUACUCGCUCCGGCCGAGGAGGGCACACUAACUGGCCAGGGCCUUAAUACGGGUACCCAAGGUCAAUCGGCGUAUGGUACCUUUGGGCCUUCUCGUUCGCUUGCACCGACUGCUACGGCAACGCCAAGGACACAUACGCCUGCGCCUAGUGAAGCUCAGGAUGUCCUUCAAACUCUAAAGGCUCCUCCUUCUAAGGUCAAGGCCCAGACCGAAACGGCGAAGUUGGAAAACCCAUCCUGGAGAGAGAUGUAUCGGCGAGUUAAGAGGCUGUCGCCAUACCUUUGGCCCAAGAAUAACGUCUGGCUUCAAUUUCUUGCUAUGCUUUGCAUGAUUGUGCUUGCCAUCGGACGCGUCGUUAAUGUCGCCGUUCCACUCACUCUUGGAGGCCUUGUCGAUCUACUUGAGAAGCAGUUUGGACUGGGACCGGGGACACCACCGCGACGUUCAUUCUGGCCUUACCUUCUCGCGUAUGUGGGCCUCCGCUUUUUGCAAGGAAGCGGUGGAUUAGGUGCCCUACGUGAUACCUUAUGGGCACCAGUUAUGCAAUAUUCCGACAGAGAGAUGUCCCAGAUGUCUUUCAACCAUCUUCUUUCUCUUUCGCUCUCCUUCCAUAUGCGCCGCAAGACGGGUGAAAUCCUUCGGAUACUCGACCGAGGCGCCUCUAUCAACCGCGUUUUCGAACUCAUGCUCUUCAACAUUCUCCCGACUUUCAUUGAUAUUAUCCUAGCACUGGGUGUUUUUGUCUGGGAGUUUGACUGGGAGCUUGCAUUCGUAGUCGCAUUCGUUAUGGCCAGUUACGUUUCUGCGAGCAUCGCACUCACUUCCUGGCGUACACGCAUCAGGAGGCAGAUGAAUGACAAGGACAUCAUCACACGAGGCAUACACACAGAUUGUCUCUUGAACUAUGAAACAGUUAAGUAUUUCGGAGGAGAAGCCUUUGAGAACGAGCGUUACGCCAAUGCAAUCAAAGACUUUCAAUCACUGGAGUACCGCGUGAUUUUAUCCCUCAACCUUCUCAAUCUGAUCCAGAACUUAUUAAUGACAAUUGGGUUCUUGGUUGGAGGUAUGAUUGUAGCGCUCCGUGUGACCAAUGGCCUUUCUUCUCCUAGCGAAUUUGUUGUCUUUGUAAUCUACCUUACGCAGCUAUACGGUCCUCUCAAUCAGCUGGGCUUCAUAUACAGGCAAAUCAACACGAGUCUGGUUGACACUGAGCGUCUUUUGAAGCUCCUGGAUGAGCCGACCGAAGUUAACGAUAAACCUGGUGCCCCUGAUUUGAUCGUUGACAACGGAGAGAUUGAAUUCGACAAUGUGUCCUUCUCUUACGACGACCGGACCACCGCACUCAAUGGAGUGUCUUUCAGGGUACCUAAGGGUGCUUCGGUCGCUCUCGUGGGCGAGUCUGGGUCUGGGAAAUCGACUGUUCUCCGCCUCCUGUAUCGCUUCUACGACCUGAAAGAGGGUCAGGGAAGGAUUCUUAUUGACGGACAGGACAUCCGUGAUGUCACUCAACUUUCGCUCCGUAAGGCUAUUGGUGUUGUCCCACAAGAUUCCGUCCUAUUCAAUGCAAGCAUUGCGUACAACAUUGGGUACGGCAAGUUUGACGCGUCUCGUGAGGAGAUCGAGGCUGCUGCAAAGGCCGCUCAAAUGCACGACAGGAUAAUGACCUUCCCCGACGGGUAUGAUACGAAGGUCGGUGAACGCGGCGUUCGCCUGAGCGGAGGCGAGAAGCAGCGUGUGGCUAUUGCUCGAACUCUUCUCAAGAAUCCGCCAAUCCUAUUGCUUGACGAGGCGACGAGCGCGUUAGAUACGUCAACAGAAAAGGACAUCCAGAAGGCAUUGCAAAACCUUGUUCAAGGCCGAUCGUCCCUGUCCAUAGCCCAUCGCCUCUCGACCAUUGCAUCGGCGGAUGUGAUUCUGGUGCUCAAAAAUGGACAGAUCGUGGAACAAGGUAGUCAUCGAGAAUUGCUUGAGAUGAGCGGCGUCUUCGCUACUAUGUGGGCCGACCAAAUUCGUGCUGAGGAUCCGCAAUUCGUAACUCUUGAGGGUAAAAAGGAGAUCUCUGGGUACAAUGUGGAGCAACCUGAUAAAGGCACCGACGCAGAGGUACCGAAGUCUAGUGAACCUCAAGAAGAUGUCGCUGGGUCCGCUGCGGUGUCUGAGGUUAACAUUAAAGAAGCCACUGCUCCUUCCGCUAUUGAUGGUCAGGUGAAAGAAAAGCAGCCUAAGACGUUCGCUGCAGUCGCGGCCUCAGAGCCUGCUACAGAUGCACCUGUUGUUCAUAACCAAUCCGAGCCUUCUACAUCAUCCGGUGCCCCUGUACAGUUCCCAAGUUCCGAGGCUCCUGUCGCAUUCCCCAGCGGACCAGUCUCAUUCCCAUCGACGGGUGAGACUGAGGCGCAAUCGGACUUGGCGACGUCCCCAGGUCCGACGGGAGUCACGUUUGAUAACAGCGUCCGAGAUUCACCACGGAGCGGGACGCCCGACCCGGCAGAUCCUAAGAGGAAGCGAACUGCUUCUCAGAAUUUCCAGCGCUUCGCCCGCAGAGUUUCGCUCGUAGGGCGGCGUCAGGGUUCAGUCCCAGCUGUCCAAGGAUCACCGCUCAAGGAUGAUAAGAAGGGACGUGAUUCAAGGGACGAAGGCAGCGAACGCGGUGAUGGCAGUGGGAGUGUGCGCGGGGAAGGAGAAAGUCCUGCUGCGAGUGUUCAGGAGGGCAGGAAGAUGCGGGAUAAGCUCAAGAAGCGACUGUCGAUGGGCAAGUCGUAGACGCCGAGUUUGACGGACACUUUGACUUGGAUUCCAUAUCAUGCUUGAAUUCUAAUAUACAGUUUCGUUUACGACCGUGAUGACCGUUUUUUUCUCUCCCUCUCAUUUCUUCCAAAUUUACUCACAUCUCUUUUUUCAUCUACGAUUUCUGUCCUUUUUCCUGCUCUAUCUGUAUCUAGCUGAGACAUGCAUACCGUUGACUGUUUUCCCACUUGC